CUUGGUUGGCACUCCCAAAGUUUCCUCGGGAAUAAAAGUAACUUAUGUUGAAUCGAUACCUUUAAUUUUUUUCAGUGUUGUGUGUUCAUGAGCAAUGUAAAACUUUGUUGAUUUUUCAUCAAAUACAAAAAAGACCCGAAAAUGUUACAGUUUUUGGAAUUACUCUUUCAGACUUUUCUUUUUCCAUAACAUUUUUUGCCAAGAUCAUCAUAAUACUGGCGAAAGGUGCAUGUAUUUGUAUGUGUGUUGUGUGUCAACGAUUAUUGUAAGUGCACUUUAGUUCAGUCUCCCAUUCCGAACUCAGUUUGUUUUUUGGCCUCUUAGACGAUAUGGUUGCAAUUGGUACGGUGUUAUGCUUUUUUUGUUGUUUCAAUGUAACUAGGGCUUGGCUACUGGCCCAGUGCGGCCUCAACGAAUCGUAUCGAGUUUUACAUUUGUCGACCCAUUUUGCCCGAGUGUUUCUUAGCAUUACGGUGGAGAGUAACAAUUUUCCAACACUUAUCGAAACACAAUGGCCAGACAAUUAUUUGCCUGCCCUAGCACCCAUCCUGUAUCCGCGUCGAGAGGCCCAUGCCAAUGGAGUACACACCGAUUGUGGUCUUAUACAGCAGGCCACUUGGUCCCAGGUUGAUUCGCUAUCUCGUCUGUGGGUGAUGGACAUGGGCUGGUCGGGUUAUAACGACCAGGCCGAUCAGCUCACAUGUAAUCCAAAGCUGCUUGUUUUUGAUUUAAUACGCAACAACUUAGAGGUUCUACGUAUAGACUGUGGUAAAUACAUACGAGCAGAUGGAAACUCACAAGUAUUAGAUAUCGGGCUGGGCCCACGCACAUCUCCAUGCGGAAGCGAAAAAUUUCUUUACUUUGUUCUCUCAGACGACAGUCAUUUAUAUGCUUAUGAUAUUUUGGAACAAAGGUGGCAUCACAAGCAGCUGAAAAGCAAAAAAUAUUCGACGAUAAGUGAGUUUUUGCCCAUUAAGCCCAGAGAUUUAACAUUCAACAUAGGUGGAGAAAUUUUAAUAUCCGACGAAGAUGGAAAUCUCUAUACUGCGCCGAACAUCUUCCACAACUCGACUUUGCUACGAUCGGAUACCAUUGAAAUGUUUCUACUAGGCACAUUACUUGGCCCAACCCGGGGACUGAUGGUGGAUCCCUAUGGAAUUUUAUUCUAUGUUGUUACAAAAUUCGGAGCCGUAGUGCGGUGUGAGUACAAGGAGCACAUAACGACAGAAGACAGUGAAAUCAUACACAUGACCUCGAAGAAUAUACAACAGAUUUUCUUUGGAAGUGAAGGCUCUGUGUGGCUUCUAUCCGAUAGAUGGCUUAGACCCCAUGACCAAUGUAUUUCUGACUACUAAUAAAAGACCACGCAGACUUUCAGACGCAGUACUCAUUGGAUGGUUUUAUUUAUUUACCAUUAAUCGCAUUUCAUUAAAUACAUAAAAUCAGUUGACAUUCCAAGC